GGACUUGAUCAUCUGCGGGACUUGAUCGGAUAGUUCGCCCGGAUCGCCCGGAUAGCGCUGGUCUGUUGUUAGCAACAUCAACGACAUCAACGGCAUCAACAACAUCAACGACAGCAACGACAUCAGCGACAUCAACAACAUCAACGACAUCAGCGACAUCAGCGACAUCUCCCCAUGGUCUUGAAUCGCAUCGGCCUGUCCCCGUCGCUUUUGCCGUCCCUCGGCUCCUCCAGGACCAGUCUCUGCCACCUCCGUGUCGGCCUGCCGCUCGCACACCUGCGCUGUCGAUUCUCGACCGCAACGCCCGACACCAAGCCGACGCUCUUUGGCCGCAUCGUUGGAUACGCCAAGAAGAGCCGGGACUUUGUCAAGCAAUACUACAACGGCUCGCGGGUGCUCAUGCGUGAGUCCAAGUUGGCCGGCGAGCUCCGGAAGAAGCGGGAUCGGCAAGGAUACCAACUGACUCGCGCCGAGCAUGUUCUCGUCCACAAGUCGGCGAUGGACGUUCGCAAGACCAUUCCGUUCUUCAUCACCCUGGUCGUUCUGCCGGAAUCCCUGCCCUUCCUGAUGGUCUACCAGCCGCACUUUUUCCCGUCGACGUGUCUGUCGGCCGAGCAGUGGAUCACCAAAUGGACCAACUUGGCCAAGAUCCGCACAAAGUUUGCCCAGGAAGCCACCUCGGCCGCUCGGGACGGCGGUGCGGUCAUGCCCGAGCGGUUUCUGUCCGACUCGGAGUGCGCCGCCAUCGCUCGCUCGCAGUCCAACUAUUUUAUCGCAGAAAACAUGAGCCGGCAACAGCUCGCGGUCUACAACCGGUUUAUGGGCCUUCCUCGGUUCGGUCUCCGAAGCACACUGAAGAAGGCACUCAAGUCGCAUUUCAAGUAUCUGCGGGAAGAUGACCUGCUCAUCCAGAAGGAAGGCAUCGACUCGCUGUCGGAUCCACAAGUCCAGACGGCACUGGAAGAGCGCGGCAUCAACUCGCUGGGCCAGUCGCCCGAGGAACGGCGGCGCUCGCUGCAAGCCUGGAUCAAGCUGCAUCUGCACCCGGACCCGCACAUCCCCGAGGGCAUGAUGAUCCUGGCUGUGAUGUUCCGGUCGCACAUCUGUGGCCGGAUCGAGUCUGCAAACUAGUGCGAAUACAGCAAUGGCGAUAUCGAUGUCGACACCGAGUCGAUAUCCCAGUCGAUAUCCCAGUCGAUAUCCAUUGAUAUCCCAAUUGAUAUCCAUUGAUAUUCCAAUUGAUAUUCCAAUUGAUAUCCCAGUCGACACCGAGUUGAUAUCGAAUCGGUGUAUUCGCACCGUCGCUAUUGCCCGCAGCCAA